UAAGAAUCAGCGAAUGGCGUACGCGCUGGCGCUGCAUUUCUCACCCUCCUGCUCACGUUCCUUCCCUCGACCCCCUUUUCACCCACUUCCCCUUGUCCGGGAAGCCGUGAAGGAAUUGUUUGGCUCAUGGCCCGUGGUGAAUGAAUCAUCGCUCAUCGCUUUCGAAUGCACGACUCUUUCUUGACGUUGAUUCCACUCACUGUUCCACCGCCGACUCACCCUCGGACGCAGGAGCCGCGAAUUGAAACUCACUCAUAGAACUAGCGCAAAAAUUAAAGUCGAGCUCGGUCGAAGGCAAGUCUGAACGCGUUCCAAAAGAAUACAACACUUCACUUUGUAAGCUCGACAAACUCGAGAACCGUUUUUUGAAUGUACCUGUGUAUAAAGUAGCGUUUAAAGUGAAUUCAAUCGAAUGCUUACUGAAGAUGCAGACCGGGGCGGCGGUGAGGAAAGGCGGAAAGUGGUUAAUCAUAAAACCGGAAGAUUCAAGUUGCUAAAAGAUUGUAAACAGAAGAAAAGAUUAUAAAAGUAAAAAACAAAUUCUCUCCCACCAAAGUAUUAGCUGCUAAUAGAAAGCGAAGGAAGGUCACGAUUGAUUGUUGGAUUGUGACAAACCCAAGCCGCAAGCAAAAGCUUGCGCGCAGCAUAAGAAACGAAAAGAACUAGUGAUGAAGAGUAACAAACGUCCGAAAGAUAAAAAAAAGGCGAACUUAUAUAUAUACAACCACAAACACACACAUGCAUAUAUACAUAAAAAGUAAUAUAAAUAUACUUAAAUAGAGAAAUGGGGCAAAGAAAAUACCAUAACAACACUAGAACGCGCGUUAAACCAUUUGCAUCGUAGCGAGGCAGACGAUUAUUCGCACGGAUCGGUUUAAGACAAAUCCGUGAAGCAAAAGGAUGGCAUAAAAAAAAGAAAAUUUGUUAAAAUAACACACUAGAGCAUCAGUAGAAGAGCUAAUUACUAAUCCUACAUACCCAUGGUGCGAACGAACGAAAUGCCAUGCAGAUCCAACAGACAAAGGGGAUGGCGAUGGAUGGUAGACAAUUACAGCAACCGGAACUCUCUAUCUCCGCCCCAGCAUUUGGCCAGAAAGGGAAAUUCUUGGGCCAAAAAAAAGGUGGGGGGGGGGGAGAAUCAUGCAUCAUGCGUCCAGUGAUUUGGGUUGGUACGGUCGGCAAUUCAUUUUGCUCAACACUCAUCACGCGAACGCGUUUUAACGAUUGUUUUCACCCUGGAAGCGGGAAUUGGGCAUUGGAUGAGGACAUUGUACAUUGUGAGAACGAAGAGGCAAAAACGAAUUCGGGGAGAACAGAAGAAAAAAAA